AUACCAGGGCAUUUGGGGGCUUUAUUUAUGAACUUCUGGUGUGUUUAUUUAUUCAGUGCCGUAUAGCUUAUGUAUGAGUUAUCUUUUGCCUUUUGGUGAAGUUAAACUACAGGAAGAUUUUCGAAUAUGUUUGUGGAAAGUUGGAUAACCCAUUUCUGAAUAGCAGUGUCCCUAACUUGUCCUGAUUUCCAUGUCACGGUUCAUAUUCUUUUGUCUUGUCACUUUAUUGGUUUGUUGAUAUUUGUUUGAAAUACUAUUUUAUUUGGUGGUAAAUUACUAAUUGUAGAUCUCUGAACACUUCACUUGUUUUAAGGACUUUUAUGCUCAUGCUUUUCUUCUACCUUAUACAACAUUGUAUAUCUUCUAGUUUCAAAUAUUUUUAUCACACCAACUAAACUUUAUCUCACCAUAUUCCUUCCGUAGGUCAAAUUAAUAAUGAAUUUCGUACUGAUCCCAUUAACAUUUAUAAGUAGUCUCAAAAGUAUAUAUGUUCAUACUUUAUUUCUUACUCUAAAACGCAUUUUAUCAACAAUUUCAUUUUUCAUGUUCUCUGUUCUCGUAACCCUAUUCAGUUUCGUGUGACAGUGUGCAUGUCUCUUAAUCCUGAUCAAUUGGAUCUUGUACCUGAUGAUCUGCUUAAUGAUCAAGUCCAAGUAGAAACGGUUCAUCAAGUUUCAUACAAUAAUAAUAAUAAUCGAAGUAACCUGGAUGCAUUAGGAAUGGCCGCUGGAGUGUCACCUUACGGAACAAAUAACCCAUCUGCAAUGUCUGCAGCAGCAGCAGCAGCUCUUUUAAUACAAGCUGCAGCUGGCGGUAGCUCUGUAAAUGAAUCACCAUCUAAUAAUGUAACUUUUUCUGGAAGACGUUGUUCUACUUCAAGCCUUCUAGAAUCACCACAACCAUCUCCUUUAUCUUCAUCUAUGAUUUCAGUAGCUGCACAACAAGCUGCCUUAGCUGCUGCUCAAGCUAUUGCCAGUCCUCGAUCUCCAUCAGCUAGUUCUAGCACAUCUAAUUUUCAGGCGGCAGUGUUAUCAUUGGCUUUAGCUGCUUCAUCCACGUGUACAACAAUUAGCAAUUCUAGUUCGGAACUUCGUGAAUGUCAACGUUCAUUACUUAGUCAUUCUGCUAUGAGUGAUCUUAUCUCCCUUUCCGAACAACAUCCAAAAUUACUAACUGCACAUUCUACACUAGCAUCUGUGUUUAGAAGACGUUCUUCAACCCUUGCUCCUCCAUGUUUCACUAAUGUACUUAAUCCAGUGUGUAUGGAUGUAGCCCCUAGGCAUGAAUUAAAAAGUGCCCCCAGUGAGGAACCACAGUUAUUGUCUUUUUUACCUUCAAACAUAACGUCUACUCUUGAUCUGGGGAAUUCUCAGCUCCUCAAUAGUCAGCAGUCAACUCUUCCAGAUUAUCCUGAAGGUUUUUCUUUAACCCAUGAGUCAACAUCUAUUCCAACUUCUUUUCUGAACAAUAAUUGUAUUGAACAACGUAAUCGUCCAGGUGAAUCUUACUUAAUGGAUAUUAAUUCAGAAGGUCCAGCUAAAAUUACACGGCAUUAUUUGUCUACUUUAGAUCCUGAUGAAAAUGUAGAUGACUCCCGAAACACUUCCAGUGUACCACAUAGAGGUUAUGAAGAUCCUAAUUUCCAACCUUUUUACAAAACAUCACCAAAAUAUGAUUCGCAUGUGGUACAUCCAUUAGGCGUUCAUCCAUCAUUUGAUAGAAAUUCUAAUAAAUGUAAUACAAGAUAUUUUUCUCCUACACAUACAUCAGUUUCAAGUGAACUUGCACUGCCCACAUGUCCUCCAACUUCACCACUAAGUUGUUCCUCAUUAUCUAAUUCAGCAACUCCCCAAUUGAAUAUUUCUCCAUUAAAUGUUGAAUGUAGAGUUAAGAAUCCACCAAUGGAUGAUUUAAGUGGAGCUACUUCAAGAUCAUCGGUUUCUUGCAGGUCAUUAAGAACUAACUGUGGGACAGAGUGUGAUUUUAAAACUGAUGAACCGAACCGCAAACGCGAACAACGUCUUUUAAAAAACAGAGAGGCUGCAAGAGAAUGUCGUAGAAAAAAGAAAGAAUAUGUAAAGUGUUUAGAAGCUCGAGUUAGUCUUUUAGAAAGUCAAAAUCAACAGCUAAUUGAAGAGCUUCAGAAAGUUAAAGCACUUUGCUUUAAGGAGUUAUGUGGUCUAGGGUUAAAUAGCUCCACAGCUGCAUGCGCUGCAGCUGUUUUAGCUGCUGUGACCUCAGUGUCUGCUAACUACUCAGGUUCAGAUGCUGCAGAUGCUUCUGGAUUAGAUUCAACUGCCCGAUUUUCAGAAUCUGAUCGUAAUAUAUGUGAAAGAUCCACUGAAGUGCAUCAUAUGGCUUCUGAAUUCGGAGAAGAAGUACAACAACUUCAUGAUUGUCCACGCUCAACUCGUCAACGCAGGCGUUCUGUGUUCACUGCACCUAAACUAUCACCGUAUUCAAAUCAGGCUACAUGGUUAGGCCCGUAUCCCUUAAAGUGUUCCGAACCCUCCUCGAAUGUGACAUGUGGUACCAAUCACGUAAAUCGUUCUUCUUUUGAUGAGUCACCAUCACACUCAUGUGUACCACAAUUGCAUGACACAAAAGGUGACUGCGCAACUAACCCUGUUACCAUUUCCUAUACGUCUCCUGUUAAUCCAGAUACAAUUAGUCCUCAUUCAGGUGAACAUUUACAACUUCAUUGCACUGAGUCGCACUCACUUUUAGUAGAAAAUAAGGUGGACAGUGAUCGAUUACCACAGGAUUCAACACAUGAAAUGUCUAAUGAGUUACAAAGUUGGAAAUCACCCCAGUACCAUAAUUGUGGUAAUCCCUACCAACAUCCCCGGUACGCGGCGAAAAGAGCUUAUCGCAAUGUGAUAUUUAAUUCCUCUAACACAAGUAGCGAGUCCGAAAAAAAAACAGAUCCCGUUGAUGAUAAACGUCUUUGUCAACCAGGAGCUAACGUUGAUGCUGUGACUGGUGCUGCAGUAAUUUUAGCAGCUGCAGCUGCCAUGGUCGCAGAAUCUGGAUCUUCUGCACCGGAAUCUAGACUGUCCGUCUGAGCAUAUAUAUAUAUAAUAUUCAGCAGAUCAUAUUACUUAUGAACAUCUACCUGCGUCUUUCUCAACGAAUAGGUUCCAAUAAGUAAAUUUUUAAGUGAUUAUGUUUUGAAAUAUUCUAGGAGCAGCAAAUAAUAGUUUCUUGAACUGUUAAUUUCUGAAGUCAUUAAAAAUACUGAACUUAUGCUUUUUCUGCGUUCACUGUCUUCCUUCAAUUUGCCUUUCUUACUUUCUACGGCCUGUUUUUCCUACUAUGCAAGCUUUCCAAAUUGUGAAAAAUCAUUCCCCCGGCUGACUGAUCCUUGUUAACGUUUUACGAGACAAACUUAUUUAUUUUCUGGAAUGUUAGGUGUUGGGAAAUCCAUUCGUGCCGUUUGCUUUGUCUUCUUUCAUCAUAAAAAAGACUACAUCACAAAUCCAGAUUCUGUAAUCAUGUAUAUUUUGCAAACUUUAUUCACCCUCACCUUGAAAGAUGUAGAGUUAUUUCUUACUUGUUUCGUUGUUACAUUCUCAAGCGCCUUUGCAUCAUUUCUUUUGUCAUCCUUUUUCAUAUAUUUGUUUACUUCAGGUGUAGCAUCUCGAUGUCUUUCGUAU